AUGCAAAGCAAGGGGAUAGCUAUAAUCGAUCCGUCAACGAAUUGAAGUACUGCGAGACACAAAACGUUUAUCAGUCUUCCCAUCAAACAAGAACUGAGGCAGAAAGGAGAAGCCGACACAGAAUCAAAUACGAUGAAACUGAGACUCAGAUCCUUGGAAUCUAAAGAAACCCUAAAAAUCGAAGUCCCUAAUUCAUGUUCUCUGCAGCAACUCAUUGAUACCGUUUCUCACACCAUCUCUUCUUCUUCCUCUUCUCUGCACCUUUCCCUCAACAGAAAGGACGAAAUUCGCGCCUCUUCGCCGAACGACUCUCUUCACUCCCUUGGCGUCGCCGCCGGGGACCUCGUCUUCUACUCUCUCAACCCCACCGCCUUCUCCCACGAAACCCUCCCCCACAAGCCAGAGACUGCUUCCCGCGACCGACCCACCAUCCAAAACUCCCCAGAAACCCUCGCCUGCGACGCCCCCUCGAACCCCACCGUGGAAAAGCAUCCGACUUUGGAUUCAGCGGAGGUGGAAACCGUCGAAAUGAUUGAUGGAUCUGACGAGGCGGUGGUGGUGGGCACCAAUUCAGAACCUUUCUUUGUGAGAAGGGUUCUAAAAGAAGCCCUGGGAAACAACGUUAGUGAUUUCAAGUUGUUGGUGUUUACGGUCCACGGUGUGAUUCUUGAGUCUGGGUUUGUUCGAAUCGACAAGGACUCCGGUAUGGCGGUUAGUUGUUUUCACCUUCUUGAUGAUUCUCCUUCGGCGUUUUCUUCUGUGAUAUCGUUGAGGUAUGCCCUGCCUGAAAUUCUGGUUAAUGGUGCUUCGUAUAGUGUGAAUUUGAAAUUUCAGACAUUGGGGCAUUUUGUGAAUGUUUGUGGUUCGUUGUCUGAUGAUACUGGGUCGAGGUUGCACUAUGUUUGUCUGGAUAGACGUAAAUAUGUUAGGCCAUUAGAGUUGAUGCUGGCAAAUUCUGAAUCUAAGGGCAGUGUUAAUGACGGGGAAGAGAUUAUCUUUGGGAACGAAGUUUUCGAAAUGUGGAAGAUGGUGAAAGAUAGGCUUGCAUUGCCACUGUUGAUUGAUCUUUGUGAAACGGCUGGAUUGGAUCUUCCACCUUGUUUCAUGCGAUUACCGAUGGAGCUUAAGCUCUUGAUUUUGGAGCGUCUUCCCGGUGUUGAUUUGGCCAAAGUAGCUUGCACCUGUUCAGAGUUGCGAUACUUGUCCACCAGCAAUGAGUUGUGGAAGAAGAAGUAUUUGGAGGAGUUUGGGCAAGGAGAGACUAGAGGGUGGCUUUUCAAAGAUUUGUUUGCAGUGUCCUGGGAAACAAAAAAGAGGUCGCAAGGGGUUCCUUUUCGACGACAUGGGAUUUCAAGACACUUUUUUUUCCCACCCAACCCUUUUAGAAUGCCUCCUGCUCCAAUUUGGGGUGGAGAAUAUGGUGUGCAGCCAGUCUUUGGUGUUGCAUUCCCUAGAUACCAGCCAGGCCGGAUUAUCAUUCCCCCGUGUACUCUGAGAGAUUUCAACCUAUAAGCUGCUGAGUUAAAUUCUCCUCAUCAACGAUGUGUAGUGCUGGGACUCAAACCUUGUUACGCAAGCAAUGAAGAUACUGAAACAGGGAGCUGCUGUAUUUGCCAUGGACACUGGAGACUGAAGUGAAAUGCAACCUCCAUAAAGGAAGUGAAAUAAACUGUUUUUGUAUAUAGUUUUUUGUUGAACUGCUUAUUGAUGUUAUGACAAUGGAUCUUUCCAGUAUCAUUGAACGAAAUGUGAUGUUCAAAGUUUGAGUGU